GGCGACGGCGAGCAUCAGGCGGUGCGCGCGAGUCAUUCGGGCGGCCGGGGGCCGCCAUUUUCUUCCAGCGAGGGAGAGCAGUCUGCACCGUAAGAGCGAGAGUCCGCGCGUAUUAUUAGUGAGUCGAAUCGAGAGUAGUAAAUCGAGACGCGGAAGUUCCUCUCGCGUACGCCGCGAAUCGUGUGCGAUCGACGCGUACGCACGGCCCGUACGGGGCCCCCAGUGUGGCCCAGUGUGCCCGGUGGCUAGCGCAUCCGUGCGACAUUGUAAUACCGCGCCGACCACGGCGAUCACCCGGUAGACGGACGCCGCCGCGCGCCGCUGUGCACGGAAUCUACACGUCGAAGGUAUAUAUCGAGAAAAGAUUAACGCCGCAGCGUCAGUGGAAAGAAAGGGGAAGAAUAAGCAAGCACGAGAGACAGAAGGAGAUCAAGAGAGAAAGAUAGCGCGCGGCUACGAAGAAAAGAGAAAGAAAGGAGCAGGAGCUAGAGAGAGAAAGAGAGGGAACGAAGAGAGCAAGAAGGAGAGAGAGAUAAAGACAGGGACAGUGUGAAUAGUUUGGUGAUCGCAGUGUGGCCGCGCAGUGAAAAUACUCGACAAACAGCCGACUUCAGGAGUAACGCCGCCAAGCAGGAUAUCAAGGGGAGUGUGAGUCGCCUCCGACAGGAGACGGUGUUUACUGAGCCGUGAUGCGUUGGAGAUUCGGCGGUCCUUGCUCAAAGACCGACCGGAAAUCAGUGUUGCAGAAGCAGUUUGUGUGACAAAGCCUAAAUAACAAAGAUAGUGCUGAGAUUGAAUUGUGCUCGGACUAGACAAGAAGAAGGCACUUCUAUUUGACACUGAGAGCGCACAGUGAAAACAAUAAAAAUAGGGGGGGCGGUCUGCUGACCGAUGGACAAACGGAAGAUGAUGCCCAAACGCCCUCGUAUGGAGAAUCUGAGGGGUCCGAUCGCCAAUGGACCAAUUCAAACGCGGCCGCUGGUCGCACUACUCGAUGGACGCGAUUGCUCCAUUGAGAUGCCGAUUCUUAAGGAUGUCGCGACUGUUGCUUUCUGUGACGCGCAGUCUACUUCGGAGAUACACGAAAAGGUAUUAAAUGAAGCGGUGGGCGCAUUGAUGUGGCACACUAUAAUCUUAACGAAGGAAGAUCUGGAGAAGUUCAAGACAUUACGAAUUAUUGUCCGGAUUGGUUCCGGGGUGGAUAACAUCGAUGUGAAAGCGGCGGGUGAACUUGGCAUCGCGGUGUGUAACGUACCCGGUUAUGGCGUCGAGGAAGUGGCUGAUACCACCCUCUGUCUUAUCCUAAAUCUCUAUCGACGCACCUAUUGGCUCGCUAAUAUGGUGCGCGAAGGCAAAAAGUUCACAGGACCAGAGCAGGUAAGAGAAGCUGCAACUGGUUGUGCAAGGAUACGGGGAGACACAUUAGGAAUCGUGGGCUUGGGUAGGAUUGGUUCCGCAGUGGCACUGCGUGCCAAAGCCUUUGGAUUUACUGUCAUUUUCUACGAUCCAUAUCUCCCUGACGGUAUCGAAAAAUCACUAGGUCUCACCAGGGUGUAUACGCUACAGGAUUUGUUAUUCCAAUCAGACUGUGUAUCACUACACUGUACCUUGAACGAACACAAUCAUCAUCUAAUAAACGAGUACACUAUCAAACAGAUGAGACCAGGAGCAUUUUUAGUCAAUACGGCACGAGGUGGUUUAGUAGACGACGACGCGCUUGCCGCGGCUCUUAAACAGGGUAGAAUCCGCGCUGCAGCGUUAGAUGUUCACGAAAACGAGCCAUACAACGUCUUUCAGGGUCAGUCUGGGAAUCAGUGUCCAUUGAAAGAUGCACCCAAUCUUCUAUGCACCCCGCAUGCCGCCUUCUAUAGUGAUGCAAGCUGCACCGAGCUGCGCGAAAUGGCCGCAAGUGAGAUACGACGAGCGAUUGUCGGCCGCAUACCCGACUGCCUGCGCAACUGCGUGAACAAGGAAUACUUCCUUUCCUCAACCGGCAGUUACCCUGAGGGCAUCAACGGCGGAUACUAUGCUGGGGCGCUGCCGGUGCAACAGACGGCUCACUCAACAACUCCUCACGAUACUGCGCCCCCACCCCCGGUGCCCGGUGCCGGCGGUGGGCACUCCGUCGUCGGCGGCGGUGGCGGUGGUGGCGGUGGCGGAGGUGGCGGCGGCGGGGCCGGCGGUGGUGGGGGCGGGGGCGGCGGGAUCGGUGGACCCAACUCCUCGUCCUCGUCCGCCGUAACAGUGGCGGGGGCCGCGGGCGGCGGGGCCGGCGGCGCGGGAGGUGCGGGCGGUGGGCCCGCAGGGCCGCAGGGCCCCCCUGCCGCGGUCGGCGGCGGCGGACCCCCGUCCGCCGCGGGCGUGGUGGGCGCGACCGCCGCCGGUGGGCCCGGCGGCGGCGGUCCCGCGGCCGGGGCCCCCCCCACCGCCGGACUGCCCGGUCUACCACAUAGCAUAGUGAGCGAGCCCGACCCCCGGCCGAGCCCGCCCGCCCCAAGCCCCCGUUGACCUUGAAUAAUAUAAUAACGACCCCCUUGAUAAUGCGAGACCCGUCUUUCCCUUCCUUCCAACCAUUCACCCCGAUCACACACUUGACUUGAAUUACUACGCGAUUACCACAUCAGCACAUCCACCACGUCCCUAUUUUCCUCUCCCCUUGAUAAUGUCAUCCGAUUAAGUUGAGAUAUUUUACCAUCACCAGUAACCAUCUGGAGUUAACUUGUAUUAUUAUUCCCGAUGAAUAAUAAUCAUGAUGAUGAUAAUGAUAAUGAUUACGAUUAUGAUGAUGGCGUAAGAACGGCCGAAACGAGUGCCCCGAUACAAUCUGUCCGCUCCGCUUUUUCCGAACAACUCUAGAGGAAGUCUGUAUUUGAGAAAGAAUGAGACAAAAAUGUAGACGACGAGACGAGUGAGAAUGUGAAUGGACGAAGCGGUGAGUUUAAUUGAAUACACUAGCUACUACCUUUCAGAUAUAAUCGCCUGAUGCAACAUCCUACGUAAAUUACCAUAAACUCAUUUACGAUACAUGAUAAACCAGUUUCAACUAGAUCAUUGAUUUUCCUCUCAACGCGGAUUGUUACAUUGAAAUGAUCUUAGCCAAGUCACAUUGGGAUAUGAGUUGAUAAAUUAAUCAGAACGUGAUCUGGCUUGACUUGUUGAGUAACAGGUAAAUUAACGUGUUGCUUCAUUCUAAUUUCAAUCGGCGUGCACUGGUGUAUUCAAUCAUACUCGCUACGAAAGAAGUAGAGAAAGUAAGAGAAUGAGAAAAACAAAAUGCGUGAAAGAGAGAGAGGAAAGCGCGAGGGAGAGGAAGAAAGAUAGUGAGCAUAAGAGAGAAAGGGGAUGAAAGUUGCGGUAUACUUGUGUAUGUGUGCGAUUUUGCGUCCGCAUUUCUGCAUUUGUAGAAUUCCGCGGAUAGAAUGCAUUUUGAUGUAAUUCUGCGACCAAACCAAAUACAGUUGGACAGAAUAUAAUGGUGACAGUAUAAUAAACGACAACGUAACGUUUGUCUCCUGCGAUCUUCCGGUUCCGGUAAUUUUAUACGACAUGAGUCUAUUCGAUUUAGCUGCGCUCUCUCUCGCACUCUCUUCUUACAAAAAGUUAAAUAAAUCUCUUCUCAUGAUACAAAAAAAAAUAAGUCUUAUAAAUAUAAUGGAAGAAACAUAUUGCAGAUCAAUGAAGAUGAAUACAUGUACUCGGUGCAACAGCAAUGUCAAUGUAUUGGGUUGAUUUUAAGAAUAAAAUAAUAAAUUCGUUCGUCCUUUUGAUGAUUCAAAGUCUGUUAAAAACGGUUCUCUGAAUUACAUAGUGGAAUUAUAUAUCGUUAGAUGAUGUGUUGUCUAAACAAUUCUAGUAAAGUGUUUCUUUCUCUUAAAAGGAUUCUCUUGAAAUAAAGGAAAGAAAGAAACUGAUAAAUGUUUUCAUGUGUCAAUACAUUGAUUGUGUCAAAUCGUCAGUCAUAAAAUAUAAUAUUAAUUAAUUAAUGGGAUUUAUUCAAUUAUUGGACAUAUUGGAUAUAUUGGUAAAUAUUAUGAAAAAUUGAAGUUAUUAAUACUUGGUUAAGCUUUAUCGAAUUUAUAUUUACGAGUAUAUUGAUUUUCAUUUUUAAAUCUCUAUUAAUAGUAAAAAUUGGCAAUAAUUGACAAAAGUUACAUUAACGAUUGUACAAGAAGAGAUGUUUCACACAUUUUAUAUUUGAAAAAUAAUCAACAAUUGUAUAGAUUUGCCUGUAACAUAUUUUUACGUUUUUCUAAUUGAAGAAAAGAAAGCAAAGAAAAAAGUGUUUGCACUUGAUAAAAAUAAAUGUUUUUCAAAUUGAUAAAAAAUAAUUUCAUUAAUUUUUCUGCUCUUUUGAGUCUUAAUUAAUUUUUGUCUUCAGCAACUGGGGACUUUUAUUUGCUUCUGAAUUUUUGUUAUUUAAUUCUCUUUUAAAUUAAAGAAGAAAGAGAAACGAACGAAUUAAUGCUUUCGAUCAGCCUAAUAUAUUACAAUAAUUUGGAUGAUAGUUAUAUUAAGUACAAUUAUUGAAUAAAAGAAAGUGCAGAAAAAACGCGACUGAAACGAACUAACCUGAAGAAAGAUAAUUCAUUGCAUGGACGAAAAUUUUGAUAUAUACAGACUUUGGAAUGAUAAUCCUGGAAGUGAAUAAUAAUCGCAAUAGUUUAUAAUUAAUUAUAUACAGAAUUCAAAGAUUUAGUGUGAAUAUUAAGCAAAUCGAGUAGUUCUUCCUUUUCGUAGCAUGAUGGAAAAAAGAAAGUGGGGCUAUUUGUAAAAGCAAAUGUUGCAACAAAUAUAAAGUAUUGUAUAAGCGAUAUUACGUUUAGCCUAUUCGUUAUAGGCACCAUUAUUAUAGUUUAUACAUUAUACAUAAUUAGUUCCAUAUUAAAAUACAACUUCCAGUUUUUUAACUUCGUAGGUAUUAACGAAAAUUUCUUUUAAUUUCAUAAUUCUCUUAAUCUGAAUUAGCCAACUAAUGAAAUACGAGCACGAUUCUCUCUUACUAUGUUAGUAAUCUUUCCAAUUUCACUUAGAAAUAUUGUCUUAAUUUCGGAAAACAGACUUCUCAUUUUUUGUUUUAUCUUUAAUUGUACAUCGCGUAAUGUAUCUUAUAAUAAUAUUCUUAUCAUUAUGUUUAUUUUCGAUAAUUGUAUCAUAUCAAAUAUUUUACAGUCCAAUAUAUUUGCUUAAUGAAUAAAAAAGAGAGAAAAAGAAAGACUUCCUUCGCACGAUUAUUUACCCUGAUUUGUUUAUAUUUGACCAAAAUGCCAAAAAUUCUGCAAGGUUUUCGAUAUCAUCCGCAAGUCAUGCAUUAAUUUGUCACACUGUAUUUGGAUGUCGUUUUCAUUUUUAUUAUUUAGAAAUAAUUAUAAUAAUCGCCUCUUUGCGACAUGUCAUUCGCAACUAAUUCGGUGAUUUCUGGUAAAACUUCCUUUCAGUGAAAGUUUCGAAGCAUUGUUAAUAAAAUAAGAAUAUAGCCCAUUUUUGUCAAAUGUAUUUUAUUGUGUUUGACAUAUUUCGCGUCGCGCGUGAAAAUGCUGCAUGAACAAAGAAAAUAAUCAGCGUACCAACAGUUCUUGCAUUUGUAAAAAUAGUGAAAAGUAACAAAAAGUAAUAGGAUAAGAAUAUUAGAAAUAUUCACAUACGAAUCCAUUGUCGAUAAAGGAUAAAGAACCGACAAAAAUUAUAAUAAAAGAUAUUAUGAAUUAAUUAUUGUUAUCUAUAUUGAUAAUACAUAAUAUUUGAUAGUUUGUAAACACAAUUCCGCCUAAGUUUGGACUAAAAGAGGACAGUAAAGGGUUAAUAUAAUUUUAAUUCACAAAGUUAACUCAUGGAGUGCUUGCUUUUUGCAAAAUAAAAAAUAAAUUAAUACUUUAAAAACAGGAGAACAAGCUUAUCCAGAUGGAAUAUAUUAGUUUUUAUUUCGAAAUAUUUUUAGUAUUUCUUUUGUUUAAUUUAUUAGAAAUAAAUGUCUUUAGGUGUUGGAUGAUGCAGCAUCUUUAUGACGGCUAACAUUUAUCUUCUAAUUACUUACUAAUUGAUACACAGAGUUUUUUACGAUGAAAGUUCCUUUGUUCACAGAUAUGUCAAUGUAGAUGAUAUGUGUUUUUUAUUUGAGCAUGUAUCGAUAAUUAUCAUUUGACAAGCGAGCUUAAUUAAUUUAAAGCAAAAUACAAUAAAACUUGCGGAAAAAGCAUGAAAGAAAAUAUGAAGGAAAAAGCGAAUGAGCGAGCGAAUGAGAGAGAAAGAGAGAGAAAGGGAGAGAGGGAGAAGUAGAACAGAAAAAUGAGUUUUAUUAAUAACUGAAAUUAAUAAUUAAAGUACGAUUAUUGUAUGAAAUAAUUGCGAUGUUACGGUCACACGGAUAUAAUACGGCGAAAAUAAAUCAAGACUAACAAUAGCAAAAUUAAUGGACAAUUUUUUGACAAAAUUAUAUGGAAACGAUAAUGUGGUGAUGAGAAUAAUAAUUAAAUAAAAAAAGAAAAAAAAUAUGAAGAUUGUCUAUUUCGGAGACAUGUAUACACAUAUCUAUUCGGUUUUUUAUUUUGGCAAUUUUUAUAAUUUUGGAAAUAAAUGUGACGUAAUCAUCAAUGUAAAUCCUAGUAGCAUGAUUAUAUUAAUGAUAUAUUAGUAAAUUUGUAACGAAACAGUACGAGUGAUUUAUAUUUUUAACUUUUAGCAACUAAUACGUUAAGAAAAGAAUGUUCGUUACUUAGCCCAUUAAUUGCUAAUUUUUAAAAGGUAUAAUAAUAACAAAUAUAUUAUUUUGAUAAUAAGAUGAUUUUAGUAAGGUAACAAAAAACUUGGGUCUAUUAUGAACAAUAAGAUUUAUAGAAAUAAAUUUUUUGAUAUUAAGUUUACAUUAUAGUAUUAACAAACAUUAAAUUAUUAAUAAUUUGAAUAUUGAAAUUAUUAGAGAUAUUGAAAUUAAUUAUAUUAUUUGAAGAUAGGAACGAGUUUGGUUAUAAUUAACCAAACAUUCUUAUAUGUUAUAAAAAUUUCUAAAACAAUUUUUUAAUAUAAAAAUUAUAAGACAAUUUUUUAUGUGUAAAAUUAUAUAUAAUUUCGUCUAAAAUUUUGUAUAAAUACUUGUAAAGACUUGGAGAAAUGUAGAGAGAACUAUUAUAAACAUUUAAUACAGUUCCUAAAACAGCAUUUGUAUUAUAAUCUUUUUGGGAGAAAUUAUAAUUCGGUGCUAAGAUCUCACUUUAUCGUAUUAAUGAUAAACAGUAAAUUUUUAACGGAACAGUACGAUCUACAUACUAUAUUAAAACAUAAAAAAAGUUUGUUUGUCUUGUAAUAAAACGUUUGUUUAAAAUUUAAAAUACACUAGAUUGGGUUACGUUAGAUUUCUUUGCUGGCUACAUUCUACAAAGGUCGGGGGUGCAAAGAAAGAAGCGGCGGGCCCUCAACCACGCACUCAUAUUUACUGUUUUCAUAUAUCUGUUAUUAAUAUAUAUGCAUAUAUUAUCAAAAAAUUUUGUUCUUUGAACAAGGUAAACAAUGAUUUGCAGAUGUAUAAUAAAAGUCAUGUAACG